AUGUGUCGUGGAAUGAUAUCUCCGAGUGCAGCACCUCAUAAACUUACCUGGCUGGGAGGAUCUCGCGAUCAAGAAGGCGGGACCUCCAUGCCAACAGCAAAAUUUUUGCGUUUGGGGACAGCGUUCGCGCUUCCCCGCUUAUUGGUUUCAGGGCAUGUAGAGCGGCCGUGCUUCGGUGAAGAAAUUUCAUGGGUUGACAGUACAUUGUGUCAUGGUGUCUCAUCAGGGAACCAAUUACUACGUGAAACUUAA